UUUGUUUUAUCGAGUACUUUAUUAGGAAUAUCCACUGGUAAAUUAAGUUGUUGAUUAAUUUUGCUUCAAAUCUAGCCAAGUCAUAAAGACCAAGAGGGACGUGAUAGAGCGCUCAAAAAUCGCCUCUAUGUAAGGCGUAGGUCCGCAAAUUUUAAUUUAUUUUCACGGCAUGUAUAAAAAGAAAUUUUAUAUACAAACCCAUGUGGCUAGCAGUGAUUACGUGCAGUAGGAAUACUGUAUGAUAUUUAUCUAUAACAGAUAAUUAAGCAGGAUGUUGUGUAUUUCAUGUAUAAUGAGGCAAUGCUUGCACAUGAACUACAGGUAGAAUUCAAAGACUGAGAAAGGAUUUUCUGCCACCGAUUCCAGCGUUAAUAAUGCCAUGGAGACGUUCCAGGGACAAAGACAAGAUUUCUUGUGAAGCGCAGGGUUUUUUUUUCUCCAUCAAGUGGGCGUUAACUAUACCUUUCAUGUUCUCUUGUGGACAUUGUCUUUCAGAGAGUAAAUACAGCAGCUGACUCCAAUGGCUUUCUUUCCCGCAGUCUGGUGGAAUAUAAUGACGAAGGAAAUAGUUUCAAUAGUUUAUAGCUAGGAACCUGUUAAAGUUGGAACUAUUGCUGUAGAAUGGCUCGAAGACCGAUCUCUAAGAGGAAAUCCACGCGGUAUAAGCUGGGACUCUCAGACGGGAAAAAAUGGGAUUCCAAGAGCUCGUUGUCGGAGCUUGAAGAAAUAUUUAUAGAAGCUGCCGAGUUUGGAGAUUUCCCUACCAUCAAGUCCAUCUUGAAAGAACAGGGGAGGGAACAGCAAACGUUUUCUGUGGACUACACCGACAUAGUCGGCCGUACACCGCUACAGCUGGCUGUUGCCAAUGAACACCUGGAGGUUGUAGAACUGCUACUUAGGCAUUCAAAUAUAUCAAACAUACACGAAGCCCUGCUGCAUGCCAUCAGCAAAGGCCAUGAGCACAUUGCAGAAUGUAUCUUAAAGCAUCCAAGGUAUAUAGAAAUAAAGCCCAAAAACAAGAGAAUUGGAGAGACCGACCACUUCUUCAACCAGACAAAAGAAGAUUCACCAUUCUCUUCUGACAUAACCCCGCUCAUACUGGCAGCAGAAAGAAAUCAGAUUGAGAUUGUACAGUUACUUCUUCUUCGAGGAGAGAAAAUUAACAAACCUCAUCAUUAUUAUUGUAACUGUCAAGAAUGCAGCAACAAGCUGGAGUUUGAUGAGCUUCGCUUAGCUAAAACCCGCUUAAACGCUUACAAAGGCUUAGCAAGCUGUACAUACAUUUCGCUAACAAGCGAAGACCCGGUAUUGACGGCAUUUGACCUGGCCAGAGAACUUCGCUAUGUUUCAACUAUUGAAAAAAGCUUUAAGACAGAGUAUCUCGCAUUGGCUGACCAGCUAAGUGAUUACGUGGUCAAACUGUUGGACAAGGUCAGAGGUCACGAUGAGCUGGAGAAACUCAUUAACAAGAAGCGCCGAGAUCCGCGGGAUGAGUCUUAUGAUCUGUUGGCUAGAUUACAAAUGGCCAUACAAUGUAACGAGAAAAAGUUUGUGGCUCAUCCGAGCUGCCAGCAGAAGCUGGUUAGCAUUUGGUACGACGACUUCCGUCUGAUAGAGAGAUCCCAUUGGGUAGUUAGGAUCUUCAUUGUGAUGGGUGUGUCCCUGUUGUUCCCAUUUAUGUCGCUGUUUUAUUGGUUGGCUCCAAGUACAAAGGCUGGGAAGUGGAUAGAGACCCCCUGUAUCCGUUUUAUCGGUCAUACAAUCUCUUUCCUCAUGUUUCUAACGCUUAUACUGAUAUCUACCCUGGCGGAAGGAGUGACGGACACGAAUAAGCUCUCCUUUUUUCUUACAAUACACGAGAAGUAUUCCUGGUACAGAAAUCAAAGCUCCCAGCCAUUACCAAGCGAUUUUGCCAUUCGAGUUUACAGUCCAGAUAUAAUAACUUUUCUCUUGUCUCUUUGGAUUUUCGGAAUGCUGUUACAAGAAACGAAGCAGGUGUACAGUGAGGGAAUCGCCAACUAUUUCGACUCUCUGUAUAACUACAUGGACGUGUCUCUCCUGACGCUGUAUAUCACUUCUUUCACUCUGAAGUAUAUCAGCAUCAUGAAGACUAGAACGGCUCUGACGUAUUUUGAGAGUUUUUCUUCUUGGAGAGAGCUGCUAUAUGGUAGCCAUGAAGCGGGGAAGCAACUUUACUGGGUAAUUGCAGAUCGCUUCUACUGGGACUCAGUCGACCCGCACAACGUAGCAGACGGAAUGUUCGCCAUAGCAAACGUCAUCAGUUUUUGUCGUGUGACGCACGUGUUACAUGCGUAUGAGCUUUUUGGGCCGAUGCAGAUAUCUUUGACACGGAUGAUCGGUGAUAUCCUGAAGUUUGCCGUCAUCUUUCUGGUUGUGUUUGUGGCAUUCCUGGUUGGUUUACACAACCUCUACUGGUACUAUCCUAAAGAAACCAGACGAUUUAUUGAAUUCACCCCGAACAAUGUAACUACGUCAGCAGAAAAAGCUUUUGGAUUUCCGACCACGUUUCACACGGUAUUCUGGUCGUUGUUUUCUAUGGGUGAAGCCACCGCCGUGGAACUCGGCGAGUUCAAUCACUAUUUCACACAGAACGUAGGGUACUGGAUCUUUGGUGCUUACAACAUAGCCACAGUGAUUGUGUUGCUGAACAUGUUGAUUGCCAUGAUGUCUAGGUCCUUCGAGAAAAUACAGGAAGAAGCCGAUACUGAGUGGAAGUUUGCAAGAAGCAAGAUUUAUAUGGAAUUCAUAAAAAACAAUGGCGAACUGCCCGUUCCUUUCAACAUCUUUCCGACGCCCAGGUCCAUUUGUAGAUUGUUCGCCUCCUGCUGUUGUAAAAACGAAGAAAGUGCAACAACGCAGGAUUUUGAUGACGUAGAGGAUGCAAGGCCUCCUGGGAAACAACUUGAGCAGAAGUUAACAAAUGGCUACAUGCGUAAUGAUUCCAGUCGAGGGCUUCAAGAAGGUGGAAAACUAACCUAUAAGAAAGUGAUGAAGAGGAUCGUGAAGCGGUUUGUUUUCGACAUGGAAAGGGAUGUAGAAAACAGAGACGGUGAACUUGAUGAAUUGAAACAAGACAUAUCAAGUUUCCGCUACGAAAUUCUAAACCAACUGCAACAAAAGAAAAGACACAUCAAAUUUGUUGAGAUAAAAGUGCAAAAACUAGAGACAAAAUUGGAUUUCCUUAUUCAACAACAAAGGAAGGUUCUUCAAAAAAUGAACCCAGAUGUAUUGGAGGACCUUCCGGAAGAACCGGAACCGAUCACCCCGAGCAGACGAUCCAAACUGUUCGACAGUUCCUAUUGGUCGAUUGAUAGCGCAUCGUCUGCAGACGAGCAUUACGCCGGGAAUGAUUUAAUUGAAAACGAGAAUGAAAGCACAGCUGGAGAUAUAGCAGAAGAUAUUAGUAAAAGUUAUGAAAAUUCAAUAAAUCAAAACGGGAAAUAGAACGUUGUGCAUAUUUGAAUGACAUGAUUUAGUUGUUUGAAAAAAGAUGUGGAUUUUUUUUUCCUUCAGAAGGAACUAUGUACGUCUUUAUUUGUGUAGAUUGAUGUAUGUUUCCCUCCCAUAUGUGAUAACCCAUAACAUCAGCUAGUACGUGAGUUUUGUGUUGUUGGUUUUGUAUAUUAUUACAGGUUUAUUCAUUUUUGACGCUGGUAAGAUACAAUUUGCAGGUAACUACACCCCUCCCCACCUCACCCCCUCC